UGAAAGGUGUUGCAAAACAGCUUCCAUUCACUUCACGGGCAAGAGGACAGACGUCAGCUAUUCCAAAUUCUAUAGAAAGCAUCCCUUCAUCCAUAGUAAGUGACUUUGACAAUUCCUCGGUAUAUUUUAAACAAGCUAGCUAAAGUUAACUAAGUGAUUCAUAAGCUCUGAUGUUGGGGUGUGAAGCCUAGCUAGCUAACUUAGUAGCUAGUGUGAACAACAGGUUUAGGUUAAAUCUAUGCAUUCAACGAUACCCAAAUUUAAAAUGUAAUUUUGCCUCUUGUAUUCGAUUGUGUUGUAACUGCACCACCAUCUUCACUUGGUAAUCAAACGGCAACGUCUUUGGGAAAGGAUUUAAGUUCCUUAGCUAGCUAAUGCCUUACUCGUGAGGAGUGCAGGUCGCAGUCACACGUGUGUAAUACAUGUCAUGCACACUGAAUCAUUUAAAAUGAUAAGCUAAGCUUAGACUAAAUGUAUAGGUAGCUAGAUUGUUUAAAGUGUGUGUGUGUGUGUCUUUGCAGAGAUGCUAGCUGAGGUGUUUCAGGUGCUGCGAGGAGCAGGGAAGGUUGGCCAAGCGUUUGCCAACACCCAGGGGGAGAUGCUGAGGCUAAUGGCCUGUAACUCCACGCUGGGCACUGGGGUCAAAGCUGCCCAGGAGGUGGUCGAGGGCGCCAUGGGCACAGUCAUGGGUGGUGCUGCCAUGGUAUGUUCAAACAGGGGAGAGAAGGGAGCCUUUCUGAACACAUCAAAUAGAUAGAUGUACUUUGGAGACACGAUCACAGUUCAAUGCCCUUUUCAGCUUUUAGGCUACAUAAAAUGUUAUAGUACUCUGCCAAAUACAAUUACAUGCACCAUGGUGUCUAUUGUCUGCAGUGACAUUGAAUGAGGCACUGAAUGUGACUUUUUCCAUAUUCAGCAACAGUCUAUCAAGGAGGAUGUGUUCCCUGAUGCUGAGGGAUGGGAGGAAAUGGACCCGGACGAGGCUGCUAAAUGGGCGGUGGGUUCCGAAUUCCCCCCAGGCCCAGGGGACACAGAGAUGCCCAGCGGAGUGCCUCUCAGCCCAGCCAGGGGUCCAGGGAGAGGAGGCUGGCCCGGCCAAAGUGCCCGGUUCCUGCACAUCGCUUCGACGCAACGCCACACCAGGUUUGUCCAUGACUCGGUAGUGGCCAGACUCACCCCAGAGGACAUCAAGAAGGCCAGGGAGUCCAAGCAGGCACUCUCCAGGCCUAUUCUUAAGCAGAAGGUCAGUGACGUAGGCUUACCUCCUGAUUGUCUGGGCUGUUCCACUGACUGGGUUUUGGGCGGGCAUUGUAGUUGUAAAUCAUGAUGGGGACUUAGGGGGUUAAGUUAAGUUGGUCUGCUAUAUUAGGAAAUUAUUUCCCCAUUUCUGAAGAGGUAUGGAAUGGCUGUCUUUAUACAUAGGCCUACUGUAUUGUGCUUCUAAUUAAUAUUGUAAAUCUAAACAUAUCCUCAGGGAUGAACCAAUUAUAUAUAGGCCUACCCAUGUGGUACUGUAUUGUUCCAGGCAUGUGCUGUAGCUGAAACAUGGUGGCUUGUAGUCUCUCAGGCCCUUGUUAUGUUAUGUAACAUGUCUUGGUGAACGUGUGUUCGCCUUCUGUCAUCCACUGCUCCCACGCAGCUCGCAUUCUAGCUUUGAACGCCCUGUUGACACCAAUAUCUAGCGGCUGGAGUUCUUUAGUUAAUCCACCCGGAAUGACGGCAAGCUCCGAAUUAGUUUGCUUCACUUGUUUUUUGACAGCAUCGGUGAUAUGGGCGCGCAUUGAGUCGUAGAUCAAUAGGGACGGAGCUGUGUGGAAAAAGCCACCCGGUCUCUUGACGUAAAUUUCUCUCAGCCACUCACUCAUCUUUUCCUCAUCCAUCCAUCCCUUCGGGCUAGCUUUGAUGACGACGCCGGCUGGAAAGUUCUCUUUUGGCAAGGUCUUCCUCUUGAAAAUAAUAAUGGGAGGAAGUUUCUGGCCAUUAGCCUGGCAGGCGAGAACUACAGUGAAGGAUGACUUCUCAUUCCCUGUGGUACGUACAGACACCGUACUGGUCCCCGUUUUCUCCACAGUGCGGUUCACGGGAAUAUCAAAGGUGAGUGGAACCUCGUCCAUGUUGGUGAUGUGCUCUGGCCGGAUAUUAUUUUCAGUGAUCUUUCUUUUUGCAGUAUGCGCGUAAAGUGACCAGCUUUUCUUGGUAAUCUUUUGGCAGUUGCUGCGAGACGGUAGUUCGUGUGCGGAUGGAGAGAUUACGUCUUUUCAUAAAACGAAAGCACCAAGAAGGACCGUCUCGAAAUUCAUCGAUUGUCAUGUCCCGUGCUAGCGCUGUUGCCUUCAUUCGAAUAGUGACUGUAGAGACGCUUCUACUUGCUGCUCUCUGUUCAACAACCCACUGUUCGAGUUUGUCCUCUAACUGUGGCCAUCUCGCUUUGUUCCCGCGGAAACUCUGUUUAGUCUUCUUUACUUGGCGCAGGUCAUCUUCUUGCUUCCUCCACUUCCGUACCAUUGAUUCAUUAAUGUUGAAUUCUCUCGCUGCUGCUCUAUUCCCAUAUUCUACUGCAUGACCGACAGCCUUGAGCUUGAACUCUGCGUCGUAAGCGUGUCUCUUGAAAGGUGCCAUUUUGGGGUCUUUAUACACACACAAGUGGUGUGGGACUGUGAGUAAGCACAAUACCGGUGUGUACUGGCUACCGUAAUGCUGCAAGUGGUGCGGCUUUGUAGUUUACCAGUCGUACUGAAACAUUUCAUUAUUAUUAAAUUGUUUUUAUUGGUUUUUCAUACUGAAACAUUUUGACAGAGCACCUUGAGCGCCGUGUACAACCAGUAUGGAUCAACCAAUUAACCAAUUGAUCCAUAUAUAAGGCGCUCCGGAUUAUAAGGCGCACUGUCUUUUUUUGAGAAAAUUAAAGGCUUUUAAGUGCGCCUUAUAGUGCGGAAAAUACGGUAUGUUUGGUGUUAGAUAUUGUUUUAAUGGAAGUCUCAUUUUUACAGCUUAGUGAUCGUGCAAGAGAGAGGAAGGUCCCUGCCACGAGAAUCAGCAGGCUGGUCAACUUCGGGGGUAAGAGAGUUUCACUGCAAUGAAUGGAAAUCACCCCCAGAUAUUGAAGUUUUAUUAGGUACACCUAUAGGAUUAUAUUGAUAGAAUGCCAUACAACAGAUCAAAUCAAAUGUUAUUUGUUACAUGCGCCGAAUACAACAGGUGUAGACCUUACAGUGAAAUGCUUACUUACAAGCCCUUAACCAACAAUGCAGUUUUAAGAAAAAUACAUUUUAAAGUAAAAAAUAGAUAAGUAAAAAGUACAAAUAACAAAUAAUUAAAGAGCAGCAGUAAAAUAACAUUAACAAUGCCUAAGGAAACAUGACCCAGCCAGCAUGCAGCUAUAUUACAAUUAAUCAAUAUUUCUAGUACAUUCUUAAAUCAACUAUUAUAGUCAUUACAUCAUUGCACAGCCCAGUCCCUAUGACCUUGAGUCAAGUAUACCUCUAAAUGAUCACUUACACCAAGCUCUCUGUGACUCAUCUUAAAUGGUACAUGUUAGUGUGUAUGAUGGCCAGAUGAAGGAGAGAUCGGUGUGUGUCUCAGAAGUGAAUCCAUAUAGUGGUAGGCACACUUACAAUAGUUCCUUAUGUCUGUCUCGUUGGCAGGUCUGGCAGUCGGGUUGGGACUAGGUGCCAUUGCAGAGGUGGCGAAGCAGUCUAUGGGAGCCAAGCGUGCAGGUAGGUUCCUCCAUGCAUCUCUGAAACAGACCCUGAGAUGAAGAAGCUGCAUGAUAGGUGGCACGAUAGACGGUCACCUGAUUUUAUUGUCUGCCAGGCUGGCAUUGUGUUGAAUCUAGACUAAUUGAAGUUCCUCUCAAUAUGGCUUGGUUCACCAUUGUAUGUUAUGAUAUACAGUAUUUCUCAUGUAAGAGUGUAGUUACUCCGGCCUUGCUCAUGAAUUCAGACCUUAGUUUGUUUCACUCUGUUUGCUUCUCUCCUUCAUUCUGAUUCCGUAAUAAACUCAUCCAUGUCUCUCUCAGAGGGUGCCCUGUUGGACUCCCCUCUCCUGUCCGAGGCCAAUGCUGAGAGGAUAGUGGACACCUUGUGCAAAGUCAGAGGGGCAGCCCUCAAAAUAGGACAGAUGCUCAGUAUACAAGGUAUAAUGAUCUACCCUCCCCUCUGUCACCCACCACAUUUAUCUUUGAUGAAUUCAAUUGGAAUACUUGUUGUAUGGUUAUGCUGCAUCUAUAAAGGUAUUCUAGAUGCUACAUUAUAUCCUAUGGAAAGUAUUACCAAUUGAACACAUUAUGUAUACUAGGUAAAUUUAACAGGUGUUGUGUUCUUCUCUGUAGAUAACUCCUUCAUAAACCCCCAGCUACAGAAGAUCUUUGAGCGGGUCCGACAGAGCGCAGACUUCAUGCCCGCCUGGCAGAUGAAUGUGAGUCAUGCAUACACUGAAAUGUCUUCUUGAACGUCAGAUAUUGUAUAGUACAGAUAGACAUACUGUAAUAUUUGACGUUCCACUACAAUGACUGUUAGUAAGUUAUUUUGGAAUUGAAUUGGACUUUUAGACUGAUUUCAGCUCUGCUGUGUGACUGCAGAAAGUUCUGGAGGAGGAGCUAGGUGCGGGCUGGAGGGAGAAGCUGUCAUCGUUUGAGGACAAGCCCUUCGCCGCUGCCUCCAUUGGCCAGGUGCAUCACGGGAUGCUGCAGGACGGGAGGGAGGUCGCCAUGAAGAUCCAGGUUAGGGAUUCCAUACAUAUCCUUUGACAUCCAAAGAGAACCAGGCUUCAAUGCCAGGUUCAAUAGUAUGUAAUGGUAGCAAUAGUAAUGUUAUCAGUCACUGACCCAUGAAUAGAGGAGGUUCUAUUUGUCAUUAUAAAAUGUAGAUUAUUACUCUUUGGCUGAAAAAAACGAUCUACCUAACAUCCCAACCCCUAGUUAAUGGUUGGGUGCCUUUUUUUAACACUAACUUGUAAAAAAGGUUAUUGUUCUGGUAAAUAUAUUAUCGCUGUGUUUAGUCAUGGGAGCUCUAAGAUUAGAUUAUUGAUAUUCUCAGACAGUCUUUGAUAUUUUCUCAUGUAAUUCUGGAUGUCUGUUCUCUCUCUCCAUUGCAGUACCCAGGAGUAGCUGAGAGCAUCCACAGUGACAUCAACAACCUGAUGUCUGUGCUGAAGAUGAGUGUUGUUCUACCAGAGGGUAAGGGUUAAGAAAUCCAAACGUAUUAUAAUGACGAUGAUGCUAAUAAUUUAUUAAAUUUAUAUAGCGCUUUUCAAUACAAAAAUAAUCUCAAAACUCUUAAAUAAUAAUUGGUUCUCUGCAUUGAAUGCUUUGUAGUGAGAAAGAUAUCCAAGUACUUGGGAAAAUGGCCAACUUAUAUUGACAUUUAUUUUCUCGCAGGCUUGUUUGCAGACAGUAGUCUAGAGGUCCUUCAAAGAGAGCUGGCGUGGGAGUGCGACUACAAGAGGGAGGCGGAGAGUGCCAAGCAUUUUAAGUAGGCCCUACACCCCUAUGUCUGUCAUAAAGCAUGAAGUGUCUUCAGAUGGACUGAUCAUGAACUUGAAUAGCCGCUAGUAGUCCUCUUAGUGUAUCCAAAUGUUACUAAACAGUGAGUAUAAAUUAAAUACCACUUUCCACAGUAUUUAUUGGACGCUGGCCCUCAUUUAUGUGAUUUCUAUCUUUAUUUAGUUCAGUUCCUAUCAGGAUGAUACGCUCUCUAAUGCACUGUAAAUCAGAUGGUAGUACAAUUUGUGGGCCUGUUGUGUAUUGAUGCGUAGCAAUGUACCAGCUCAGUCCUGUUUAGCAGAUUAAUGAUUUCUGUCUGCCUCAGGUCACUUUUGGCGGAUGACCCAUUUUUCCACGUGCCAUUUGUGGUGGACGAGCUCUCAGGAAGGAGGGUUCUGGCCAUGGAGCUGGUGUCAGGGGUACCGCUGGACAGCUGUGUGGAUCUGGAUCAGGAGACAAGGAAUCAGGUUAGAGCUGACCUCUGACCUCCACCCAGGAGAAUAAACAUUGGGUGAAUGGCCUUUUUCCUGGUAGCGCUGUGGGGUGAGGUUGUGGCCACAUCAUUGCCUACCCUUAGUCUAACUCAGUGACUGGUUGACUGACUGGAUACCUUUUUUGUAGCUAUGACUAGCCUUAACCCAGCAUUUCCCAAACUCGGUCCUCCGUACCCUAAGGGGUGCACGUUUUGGUUUUUGCCCUAACACUACAGAGCUGAUUCAAAUGAUCAAAGCUUGUUGAUUAUUUGAAUUAGCUGUGUAGUGCUAGGGCAAAAACCAAAACGUGCGCCCCUUGGGGUCCCGAGGACCGAGUUUGGGAAACCCUGUCUUAACCGUUAGAUAGGUUGUUAAUCUAUGACUCUGCAGACCACCUGUAUAGUAUAGUGUGCUCUUCUCAGUUGUCAUUGAUAUGAAGAAAUUAGGUGUUUACCCCAAAUCCUGAAGCAAUGAAUCACAUAUGCUAUUGUCUCUACACCCAGUAGUAGAGGAAUCAUUCAUAUUUAUUAGAUGGCUCAAGUGAUUGUAGAAUCUGAUGGUAGAAUCUGGUUUUUAAAUGACUCCAGGGUUCUUACUUUGUUAGCAGACAACUGUUCACUCAUGAUUCAGCACCUGCGGCAUUGGGAUGAAAUUAAAACUGAGAGCAUUAUUAAAGCUUAAAAGGACGCUCAAACCAAGUUUCUGAUGCAACACUACACACAUGGCUCUUUUGACCAGCAGAGGGCAGUAACCCGAGUUCAGUGGUGACAUUGAUACCUCUCACUAUGUAGGGCUGCGUCUCAAAUGUCACCCUAUUCCCUAUUUGGUGCAAUAGGGUGCCAUUUGGGAUGCUACCUAGGAGUGGUAAACUGACCCCUGUGGUCCGUCAUUUCUUCUCCCCACAGAUCUGCUUCAACAUCCUACAGCUGUGUCUGAGAGAGCUCUUUGAGUUCCGCUUCAUGCAGACGGACCCCAACUGGGCCAACUUCUUUUACAACGCUGAGCAGAACAAGGUGAGAGGGCGAGUGAGCCUGUGACAAGAUGCUGGGGUUGUCCCAUAUGGCACCCUAUUCCCUAUAUAGUGCACUACUUUUGACCACUGAUUAUGUAGGGAAUAGGGUGCCAUUUGGGACUCAUCAUUUACAUUUACAUUUUGUCAUUUAGCAGACGCUCUUAUCCAGAGCGACUUACAGUUAGUGAGUGCAUACAUUUUCAUACUGGCUCCCCAUGGGAAACGAACCCACAACCCUUGCGUUGCAAGCACCAUGCUCUACCAACUGAGCUACAGGGGACUCAAACCCCUGUCAUUCAUUAAUAACAUGACUCUGACCUUCAAGCAUGUUGUUUUUGUAUUAAAUAGCUUUAUAAUGGAUUUAUAACUGAAUAAAUGUACAAAAGAAAUGUCAUAAGAACAUACCACUUUAUUCCCUGCAUUUAUGAACAUGUAUGAUGGCGAUUGUUGUUUUGGUGGGGAUGUGACGUAGUUAAACCUCUGCCCACUUUGUGUCUCCAGAUUAUUCUGUUGGAUUUUGGUGCAUGCCGGGAUUACCCUGAGGCCUUCACAGAUGAUUAUGUACAGGUAAGUUAACCUGAGUCGUGUGCAUUAAACACCAAACAGAAGAAAAUGGACCGAAGCAGGGACGGACUACCUGGACAACGUUUUGCUACAGUGUGCACUAACAAAUACCUGAUGAAUGACAGAUCCCAUUAAUAUUUUAGACCCAGGAGCACAGCAUAUCAAAUGGCUUUGAUUUUGUUCUCUGAAAUCUUUUGAUGAAGUACGUUGGUCUGUAUGUGUUAAGGUGGUGCAUGCAGCCUCCAUCGGAGAUAGGGAGACAGUGCUGGAGAAAUCCAAGGACCUCAAGUUCCUCACAGGGUUUGAGGCCAAGGUAAGAGGUUAUUUUUGUGCAGUGAAAACCAUGGUGUCAUGAAGCACAUAAAUUUUUUUAAUGUGUGGUUUAUGACAUCACCCUUCCCUCUCUCUCUGUUCACUUUCUCCUGUUUCUACUGGGAUGGGGUUCUACACUUUUGAGUCACUAAAAAAACAGAGGGACAUAACAUAAUAUUAUAAGCCUUCUAAUAAGACAUAAUGAAGGUUCAUACAUGCUUAUAACAAGUAAUAAAGCGUUAUACAUGCAGAGUGUUACCGAGUUGUUGUGUUGAAAAUGCCCUCUCUCCCCAGGCAUUCCAGAAUGCCCACGUGGAGGCGGUGAUGAUCCUGGGCGAGGCUUUCGCUAACUCUGAACCCUUUGACUUUGGCACCCAGAGCACCACGCAGCGGAUCCAGAGCCUGAUCCCCGUCAUGCUGCGUCACCGCCUCACCCCGCCCCCCGAGGAGACCUACUCCCUGCACCGCAAGAUGGCCGGCUCCUUCCUCAUCUGUUCCAAGCUUGGCGCCAAAAUCGCCUGCAAGGACAUGUUCCUGGACAUCUACAACUCCUACCAACAGCGGCGGCUGGAGAAGGAGCAGGCUGCCCAAGUUCAGGCCUAG